GAGGAUGUCUGCAUUUUUGUGGAAGUGCCGCUAAGCAAACUCGUACUCCGCGAAGCUGUCCAGACUAUACUGUAACCUGGUUUAUAUGCUUAUGCAGACGCAGCUGUAGGGACGCUCCUGGAUCAGGGUCAUGCGCUGCUCGGUCUUCCGAUCCCGCAUGCAAAGUCGUUUUCACUUCCCCAACUUCCAUCUGGUCUCAAUGUUAACGAUGAACCCGCGCCUCUUUCGAAUCUCUUUAGCCAAAACCAUUUCAUGUUUUCGGGCUUCUUGGAGCGCUGUCACUUAGCAUGCAGUACCGCCGAAAAAAACCAAGUUCUUGUAGUGACAUCCAGUUGUUACCAAGUGAUGGAACCGGCAAGCAUGGCGGGCUUCCCAGCGGUUCUUGUUCGACGUCCUAGAGACCUGGGAUCGGGAGUCAACCUCAGGACAGGUUAGCCCACCCUGUUGAUAGACAGAUUGCAAGCUCUACCGGUAAAGCUGCAAAACACCUCGUGUCCAUUGUCCUUUACCGCCUCGGAUGCAACCAGCUUAAAGCUUAACCAUGAUACUCGGAGGGCCCGAGAUCAAUUUUAGCACCGAGGUACGACAGCUCAACGUUCAUUGUGUGUGCGGUUCUUCGGACCUCGCUAUCGGCGGUGUACAUUGUUAUAUUAGGAUUCGAGCUGCAUUCCACGACGAUUAGUAUAUGGUGAUGAGCACACGGGGCAGAAUAGCUCUGGAAUCAGCCAAAUCCCUGACUUUCAC